GGGGUGUCCUGUGGGCGGGCCCGCUGCUCCCCGGCGUGUGAUUGGACCGGGAGGGUGUCCGGUGGGCGACGCCACUAUGAGGGGCGGUUAACGGCGGAGGAGCGGAGACGGUUAAUUUUUGGCGCGUUUGGUCUGAACUAUUAGCUACAAUGACUACCUUGGAUGAUAAGAUCCUUGGAGAAAAGCUGCAAUACUACUACAGCAGCAGCGAUGAUGAAGACAGCGAUCGUGAUGACAAUCAACAAAAGACCAUCAAAGAUCCUGUGAUUUCUGUGGGUGCGGAGGUCCGGGAGCGAAGGGCCAUUAACACAGGUCCUAAAGGGGUCAUAAAUGACUGGCGCCGGUUCAAGCAGCUGGAAAACGAGCAGCGAGCAGAGCAACGUCGGGAGGUCCAUCGGCUCAUCAAGAAGCUCUCGAUGAACUGCCGGUCUCACUUGGAUGAUCAGAAGGAACUGCAGAGGCAGAGAGUGGUCCAGGAGAAAAUCAACAGCAAGAUGACGAUGAAAGAGUGCAACAUGUUGCAUGAACAGGACGAUGAAAUGUUCCUGCAGCAGUACCGCAAGCAGCGGAUGGAGGAGAUGAGGGAGCAUCUGUACAGUGGGAAGCGCUUUGAACAGAUCUACGAGCUGACCAGCUCCCAGGACUUCCUGGACACCAUCGACAAGGAGGAGAAAAACACUCUCAUCGUCGUUCACAUAUACGAGGACGACCUGGCCGGCUGCGACGCCAUGAAUGGGUGCCUGCUCUGCUUGGCCUCCGAUUACCCGGUUGUGAAGUUCUGCAAGGUGCGCAGCUCGGUGAUUGGAGCCAGCGCCAGGUUCACCGACAACGCCCUGCCUGCUCUGCUGGUCUACAAGUGCGGCGACCUGAUCGGUAACUUCGUGCGCAUCACUGACCAACUGGGAUAUGACUUUUUCGCGGUGGACCUGGAGGCGUUUUUGCGGGAGUACGGUGUGCUGCCGGAGAAGGACGUGGUGUCACCCACCUCCAUCCAGAGUGCCUCAGUGUCUCACAGUGAUGAUAGCGACCUGGACGUUGACUAACCGGCAGUCACAGAGCCAGUUCCUCGUGAGGUAGGGCUUAGUGUGUUACCAGAGCCAAGUCCCCCCAAGUAGCCUGCCUCUGAAUUACUUAUCUGGACUGCUGAUUUGAGGAGGCGCUUAUUUUUAUUUACAUUGCUGAGAGUGUGCUGAGAAUAAUAAUCAGACCAGCACACACUUAUUUGGACCAAGGUGAUUUUUGUAGUCCCCAGUUGUGACCCUGUGAGUUUAGACUUGUCAAGUGUCCACUCCUCCCCUCUCCAACCACACCUCGCGACUGGAGCUACCCCUACACGCUAACCAGCAUAGGAAUGGUUCCGUCAGCAGUGAAGUGUCAGGCUAUGCACUGGAGGAAGCCCAGCUAAAUCUAUAGUUAGAACCCCUCCCACCCCCCCACCCAUACAGAGGUUUGCAAAUAAUGAAAACCUAUUUUGUUUUUCACUGGCUAAAAUAGAUUUGUGAAUUUUACUGUAGCACUGUAAAUAAUUUAUAUUCUCAUUGUUUUUCUGAAUCUAAUCAUUAUAAUAAUAUCUGCUUGCUGGACUCUUCUAAAUUUUAAUAAAUCACGGCUAAACCAGAUUGUUACUUUUCUAACCACUUCUUCAAUGGGUCCUGGAUGUAACAGAGGCUUGUGAGUCACUUAUGCUUGUAGAGAUGUCCCUGGUUCUCCAGUUGAGGGAGCAUGUUGAAUCCUGCCUCGGUUCUGCAUAUUUCUACCUCCUCCGUUCCUCCACAGUUCCUGGGUGCUUACUUGCAAUAUAGUAACUUGUGAUGAAUUUUGCUUUACGCCAUUCAACUCGUUUACAUUCUAAACCUGAAAAAAAUGUAAGCCAAUUUGUAACUUUACCCCCC